GAACCCUCCGACCGCCCGCCCUCGCCCUCGCCGGCGCCGGCGACGAGUUCCGCCGCGGAUAUCUCUCCUCCGCGAUGGAAUUUACAGAUGAAAUAUUACAAGUAGAUGUGUUAGAAAGGCACUUAUUGGCUGGUUUAUCACCGGAUGACUACAAUGGAGCGUGCGAGGAUGAGAUCCUGUAUGAUGCAUCAUUUGGGGCAACGGAAGAUAAGUUUGUCAAGUAUCAGAUUACUCGGUGGAUUCUGCUGUCUGUAUUGUUGAUCUUAGCUUGGGGAGUAGGACUCCUCAUGCUGCUUUACUUGCCAAUUUGGAUAUAUGUGUGCCGGAGGGACUUCCGCUCAAGGAAGUUGUGUCUGACUCCACAUGCUAUCAUCUAUAAGGUAACUAAGCCUGUCACUUUCCCUUGUUUUGGUGCUUUGAGGAAUGAGAAACAUGUUGUCCUUCAUUCAGUUUCUGAUAUUAUUAUUGAACAAGGUUAUCUCCAAUCCCUUUUUGGUAUAUAUUCAAUCAGAAUUGAGAACAUUGGUGUGCGAAGGCCUGCUAGUGAUGACAUACAGAUAACUGGAGUUACUCAUCCACAUGAUUUCAGAAAGGCUGUUCUUGUCCACCUUUUGAAUACAAGGAAUCUGAAUCUCAGUAGAAAAGCUUAUGCACACGAUGAUCACCAGAGCACAAGUUAUACUCCUGUAGCUAUGUCUUCGGUGCCUCCUCUUGGAGAUUUGAUACUAGAGAAGCUUGACAAUGUUGAAAUCUCUGUGAAGAAAAUGCAAGCACUGCUAGAAGGUGUUGAAACAUCCAGAAUGAAGACUUAAUAUGCUUUGGUAGGUAUGCAAAGUUUUAGUUGUUUCCUCCCUACUGUCUUUGGACAGUGCAGCAAUAUUGCUCCUAUAUUAGAGUUCUGUAUUUUUUUUGGCCCUUAAUAUCUGUUUCACCUCGAGUGUUGCAUGAAACUUGUCAUAUUGAUAUUGUCAUUCCCUUGCUAUUAAACUGUUAACUAAACCAUCCAAGAGGGAUCCCUUUCAUGGACUUUAUAGGUAUCAUUUCUACAGACUACAUGCAAUGGAAAUAACAAGUUCUGCAGUUUUCUGGCAGAGGUCUUAAAUGGUGUCCUUCAAUCGAGGAUCACUAUCAAUGUCACAACCAGGGUUCACGAAACUGCCGGUUACCAGUGUAACCGUGCUUACCACUGGGGCACUGUAGCUAUAAAUGGCGGUUU